GAAGACUCCCAGACCAAGCCUCCCAAGUCCCGCCGUAAGGCUCCAGCCCCAUCGCCUGGCUCCCGGAAAGAAGUGGCUCCACCCCCCAACAAUGAGGAGGAGAGCACCUCCAGCAGCGCGUCAAAAGCAGCUCUGUGUCCUCACCAAGAAGGAACCUCCAGGUUUGAAAAGUGAAGCUUCAAACCUGCAUUCUCUCUAACAGCCAGCAGGGGGCGACUCCACUGGAUCGUAUAGAAGUCUAUGAGAAAAUGUGGCUACUUCCCAGCUGAUCUAUUACUUCAGUAAACACUUUUCUAAUGAUUUCAUGGUCUCAGUUGUUAGUCUUCUUCAACACAGUAUGAUGUUCAUUUAGUAAAUUAUGGUCCCAUUUAGAGGAAAAUAGACCAGAAAGCAGGGGAGGCUUUAGUGCGGGGCUACCUUGUGAUUGCCAAGUUGCUAUGUGUGAGCAAAAUAUGGUACCUCAUGGAUGUUCAGUCUGUGUUCAGGACGGAGCGGAACACCUCUUUUCCCUCAGCUGGACAGAAAGGCUGGAAUAAAAUACAAUUAAAUUAAAUUAAUAAGUCAGGUAUGAUAUUGUAAUACAGGCUACAUUUCUUUCUCUAUAUUUAACCAUAUCAAUAUAACUGUAUUAAUCAAUACAAUUUCUUAAGCUUUGGAUUACUGUCCAAUAUCAAAAAAACAAUCUGAUUACUCAAAAACUAAUUGUAAUGGACUCCACCAGUUUGCUUACUUUAAUUUUUGAACGAACAUGCAUUGUUGUGUUCCUUAAUAGCAAAUAAUGAAAGCCCACGCCAUCCUUUACAUUGAAAUCCGGAAGUAUUCCUUUGUGGGAUCUGCAGUAGCUUUAAAGUGGCCAAAUAUUAUAGUGUCCAUGAAACUUCCUUUUCAUUCAAUGUCCAUUCAGUUUUUUGCGGGCAAUAAAACAUGUGAAAGGAUAAGUAACAUAAGUAGCCUAAAAAUAACGUUCCAUGCUAUGUAAAAUUAUAGAGCAAUUGUGUUUUUACAGCGCUUCAAAUUUCACAAAUGGGGAAACACAGUACAAUAAAGACGGCCUGCUACAAGGCCAGGCUAUAGAUUCACCCUUGUCUGAGAUCGGCCUGCAGCAGGCCGACGCUGCAGGCCGUUACCUGAAAGAUGUCAAGUUCAGCAACGUGUUUGUCAGUGACAUGAUUCGGGCCCAGCAGACUGCUGAAACAAUAAUGAAACACAACAGCAGCUGUUCUGGUCUACAGAUGGCGUGUGACCCUUUACUUAAAGAGAUUAGCUUCGGGACAGCAGAGGGCGGACGGGUGCAAGAUGUGAGGGAGAUGGCCAAGGCGGCUGGUCAGUCGUUUCCAGGCUUCACCCCUCCAAAGGGGGAGACCCAGGAGCAGGUGAAGGAGCGGGUCAAAGCAUUUUUGGAGAAAGUGCUCCAGCAGAUUGGGGUCGAACACUGGCACGACAGAGGGGGGGAUGAAACCUCCUCAUCCACUCCACCAGAAACGUCUCCUGUGGAGGGAAAGGCAGACGAUGGGGUCAGGGGCCUCUCUGUCCAUGCUUUGGUUGUCACCCAUGGGGCCUACAUGUGUGUGGCAGUGCGCUACUUUGUGGAGGAGUUACAUUGCUCCUUGCCUCCGGGUUCUGACAAAGCACAUAUGUUCUCUUUGAGUCCUAACACAGGUCUGUGUCGGUUUAUAUUAAUCAUGACAAAAGAGGACGACAGGUUCAAAUUGUCAGGGAUCCGCUGUGUGUUUGUUCACAGAGGGGACCAUGUCACAUAGUAGGAGCUAGAUGAACGGAGGUUUUUAAGAAAUGUAAAAGAGAUAACUAAGAGACUCAACACUGAGUUUGAUAAUAUUGUAGGUUAUAUUAUUUAGAGGUUCUGUAUUUAUUUUUCAUUUGGUGCUCAAUCACCUCACAGUACAGUUUAUUCAAAUUUUAAAAUUGACGCCAAAGUUUUUUCUUGUUUGCUCAAUAUAAGCAUGUUUUGACAACAGAAUUUUUUUUUUUUUAAACGUGUAUGUCAGGUGUUGAGGUGCUGUUUAUUAUUGUAUAGUUUAACAGUGGCAUUAUGUUAAGAAAACAUUACACAAUACUUAAAUUAACUGAAUUCAGAAAUCCAGUUUAUACUGACCAAGAUAUGGAUUAAAUAAUACAUAUAGUGCAUAUGUUGCAACUGCAACAGUGUUGACUUUGUCAUUGUUGUGUGUUAACACUUGGUCAACAAGCCCAAACAGAUUCAAUGGCUGUUGUCACUGGGAUUCUGUAAUUGAAACACUUCAUUAUGUAGGAAUACUGUCAGACUUGAGCAGUUUAGUUUUCUUCUUAAAGAAGGAAAUGUAGCUGUGGAAACCUGCCAACAGGAAUAGAAGAAGUCUUUUUCUGAUAAAACAUCCACAUUCAGUCUACGCUGGUUCUCAUUUCUCUUUAUAUAGACACACAGCCUGGAACGUUUUCAUUUCAGUAAAAGUGCUUCUUCAUUUA